AGUAGUAAACAAUUGCUAGUACUUAUUGUCACGGCACACCUUCCUUUCUCUGACCCUCAGACUCUGAUUCCUCGCAUUCGAGUUUGCACCACUGCACUUGGCGUUGUCGUUGCAUACAAACGGCUAGCCCAUCCCAAGCCUACAAUCUGAGCAAAACCGUGAGCAAAGUCCUUCGCAGCGCCUGGGUGCCCUGCUGGGUGCCGCAACAUCGGUCGCAAAAAGGAUACGUACAGCGCCUCAUGCUCAGUGCUUGCUAGCUUGGGCUGCUGGCAGCGCAGCGCAUUUACUCCUGCUUCUGCCAGGAAUGGGGUUCACGGUGCUGCUCAACGUUUACGAUGUGACGAACACGGCCAACGAGAACACCAACUCCUUCAUUCAGCGCCUUAACUCUAUUACGCGCGAGCUUUCAAUCGGCGGUGUGUUCCACGGCGCCAUUGAAGUAGACGAUGUCGAAUGGAGCUUUGGUUACUGCGAGAGUGGCACGGGCGUGUACUGCUGCCGCGCGCGACAAAACACCAUGUACAACUUCCGGGAAACGUUGGAGUUGGGCGUGACGGAAAAGAGCAAACAAGAGAUCAAGGAGAUCGUGGCGCGCCUCAAACGCGCCUGGGCCGGCACCUCCUACGACCUGCUUCAGCGCAACUGCUGCCACUUCUGUGAACAGCUGUGUGCCGAGCUGGGCGUGCCGCCGCCGCCAGCCUGGCUGAACCGCUUCGCCCAGGGUGCGGAUGCAACGAUAAAGCUGACCAACGAGGCUUCUGCACUGGCUAAGCGCGUGGGCGCGAAUCUUACUCAGACGGCGACUGUAAGUGCCAACUGGCUGCGCGAGAUGUCCGCUCGCGUCAUGGCGCAGAUGACGCAGCACGAGGAGGAUGCCGUGGACGAUUCGCCACGGCUGUACGAGACGUUCGGUAGCAGCAGCAGCAGCGCCAUCGGCCUCAGCAUGCAAAGCAUGCCGCCGCCAGCGCCCAGUGGCAGUAGCGUUGUGGGGCCAGGUGGCAACGACAGCGGUGUGGACUUGUCCACGCAAAGUGAGCCGGUGGGACUUGGAGGUCGGAUUGCCGGCCGGCUGCGUGCACUAGCGCCCUCAGGCACUGGCACCGGAGAUGCGGGCAGCAACGGACUACCGGCGUCGACAGCGGCGGCUGCUGGGCCUGGAGGGUUCGAGGGUGGAGGUAGAUCUUUUGCAGCAAGCGCAAGCAGCGGCAGCAGCUCGGGGCUUGCAGCCCUGAAGCAGAAGUGGCAGGAGCUUGAGGCGUCCGCAGGCGACGGAACGAAACAGUUCCUGUUUGGCCUAAUCAAGACCCGGCAGACCCGGUUUGACGAGGACGACCCGGGCUUCCCCGCACCCGGCAGCAGCGCCGCCAGCUCACAGGCAGACCUCAGCAGCCGCGGCCUCCCUAACGCCGCCCCCGCCUCGACCAGCGGCGCCCCAAGUACCGUGCCGACGGCGGCGUCCGUGCAGGAUGGCGCGCGUGCAGGUGCCGCGGUGCAGGGCGUGGCUCUACCGCCGCCGACUCAGCCGCCAUUGCAGCAGGUCAUCAGCCACACGCUACUGCCGGGGGACGUGGUUGGCGCCUCCAACACCCAUGCGCCCGCCGCAAGCACUGCUGUGACGGGCGCCAGGCCGGCUGCGGUGGCGCCAGCUCCAUCUUCCGGCCACCUGCUGGACAUGUAAACUAUGAUGUGGCCUGUACGGGCAGGCGGCGGGCAGGUGCAAGAGAGCAUUCACAUAAUGAGGACACUGCAUCUGCGCACUCGAAUGUGUGCUCGUAUGUAAGGUGGGGCGGGCGCAUGCAAGCGGGGCGUCAAUGCCACCGAAUCCACUGUUCCUGUUGGCCUCUGGUGGGUAUGGGGGGUUUUGCGGCCUCGACAUAGCAUUGCAGGGCAUAACGGACAAGCAAAGUAGGAAGACGCAGGUGGCCCGUGUGCCUUACUACUGGAAUUGCGGUGAAAUGGUGACUUCAGGAUUGCAUUCUUUCACUUUUGCCUGUCCUUGAGCAAUGCGGGGUGUGCGCUGCUAUUGAGACAAGUGUUCCCCGGUCACGGGAAAAGGGGCUGAGCCCCUCCACAGUCUGAGGCCGAACAACCUCAUCGCCCGGACAUAGCCGGGGUCGGUUUCCACAGGCACAUAGCCAAACCAGGUGCCUAUCUAGCAGUCGCG